UUUAUUAUUCCUUUCUCCCUGUAACACUGUGCCCUGAAAAUGUGUCCCCGGUGUUUGUGCUCCUAUCAGAUGGAUGAGCGAGUUUGAUUGAAGCGUUUGUCAUGUAAAUGCGAGGCCGUUUGAUGGACGAGCCUGCAGACUUGACAGAGUGCUGUAGGUCCCUUGCCAUUGGCGUUUUGAGGGUCACAUGGUGUGUCAGGAAGGUGAUAUGAGGGUGGAAGGCAGUUUUACAGCUUUGACAUACUACCUAGAAGGUUAGGGCAAAGGGAGCACCGAUUAAUGACUGCUCAGUCUUGAUCAGCUCUAACCAAACUGCAGGCCCAGGUUUAGGAUGAACUCCUACUUAGAUUACCCCGUGUGCAACCGGGGAGCAAAUAUAUUCAGCUCAAAGGCCGGAUACCACAACUUAAACCAUGGAUAUACGUCUUCCAACUCAUGCGCAACAAGUGAGAGUUACGCACCGGACGGACGUGUAGUGGUUGCAACUUCUGCGCAGCACCAGACUCCGAGCCUCCCUCUGCACCACCAGAACCAUGUCAACUUGGACGUGCCGUUCGCAGCAACGGGUAACUCGGUGUAUGGCUCACCUCUGGAGUACGGACAUCACCAGUACGGCCUCGCCCCAGAGCAGGACCGGAGCUUUAUCGAUACGCAAGUCUCACCCCUUGCUACAAACAUGGCUCCCUACACCGGGGACAGCUGUGGGCCAGGGGUAUCAUCGGGAGGCCAGUAUCUGCAUUUUGGCAGCGGGGAUCAGAGGCAACAAGAAUACUCAGAAAGCGUUUACGCGAGGUUACCACCUCCAUGUAAGGAAAAGGAUCUGGAGCAUGUGGAGGAAACUUCGAAAACUUUCGACUGGAUGAAAGUGAAGCGGAAUCCACCUAAAACAGCGGUCGUUUCGGACUUCGGUGUUCCCGGCCAGCACAGCGUGAUCCGCACUAACUUCACCACCAAGCAGCUGACCGAGCUGGAGAAGGAGUUCCACUUCAACAAAUACCUAUCGCGGGCAAGGCGGGUGGAGGUCGCGGCGAGCCUGGAGCUCAACGAGACUCAGGUGAAAAUCUGGUUUCAGAACCGGAGGAUGAAGCAGAAGAAACGGGAGAAACUAGGCAGCGUUUUGGGCAACGCUCCGGCACCUGCUGAGAAACUUUCCACCUCUGAAGCGUCUCCAAAGACAAAAGGGAAAAACUAAACUUAAAAUAUGACUGGAGGCCCGAGCAGUUUUCUACAUUUUCCCAAAUUUGCACCAUUCCAGAAAAAACAAACAAACAAACAAAAAAAAAAACAAACUGAAAAUUGCUUGUGGCAAUUUUGUAAACUAUCAGGGCAGGCAGUGUCUGCUUGUAGUCAUCCAAUCUUUCGAUUCUACACCCCAUGCUGUUUUUUUUUGUUGGAGCACUGAUGGACUCAGUGUUACUGUUUGCACUAUUUAUUUACAGGGUAUUUUUCAACCUUUGUUGAGAUGAUUUAGCUGAAUAAAGUCUAUAAAAUGCAAUAAGAAUUGUAUUUGUCUUGUGUGUAAAAAAAAAAAGAAUCCACAUUCAGUCCAAUCAAACUUUAAAAAUUUUGUUCUGUUUCU